AUGAAUUGCCUCUGCGCUUUACUCACGAUAUUUUCAAUGCUCGCUCUUGCAAGAUUGAACCAAGUAAUGAUGGACGAGGACACUAACUUUCUUUGGCAAGACUAUGAAUCUGUGGAUAUUGCUGAGAAUGAGUCGAAAAUGUCAAGUGAGGUUGAAUUCGGGCAGAAAUACAAGCCUUUUGACCCUAAGGACACAAUUGCUGCAGUCCAGCAAUUAGUUUCGGCUACGUCAACGGUGGAACAGAAUAAUUUGAAAAAGUCGGCCUCUGCAAUUCAGGCAAGUAUAAGCACAGGAAUCAACAAUUUAAACAAAGCACUGGAAAAAGCAAUAACAACCCAACUAAAUGCCAUACCAGGGGUUGAACUGACGGGCAUCACCGCAAUUGUAAAUGACCUUAGCCAUAAGUUGAACGGGUUUCUCACCAUAUACUCGCAAACAUCUGACCAAGACUUUGUAACUGCUAUCAAUGCCUUAAAGAAGUGUUUGAAGCUUGUGAAGGAGAACUAUGAUGGUGAAAAGGUAACGCAAACACCCGCUGAAUGUGUGCAGGCGCUGAUCAACAGUCACGCAGCUGCAGAGCAGAAAUCGCGCACCACGCUCAACAAACUCGUUAAUCAGACACUAACCGCUGUACCUAAGUCCUCACUCGUCAGUAAUUUGAUUUCACAGAUCAAACAGCUUACUAUUACGGCUGAGACUGCCAUCCUGUCCGCGACAGCAACGACUCAGAAGAACAUGAGCAACUUCGUCCAGCGAACAUUCACAAAUGCACUGGAGUUUAAUGCACUGCAACUGAAUAAUCUUCAGAAAAACCUGGCAACUACUUUGCAAGCAAUGCUUAAGAACCUAUACACCAAAGGAGGAGUGCCUUCGAAGUACUUGUUCAAACAAACCGGUCUCAUAAUGUUUGAUGAGAAUAACUCAAUAUCAGAGCUCGAUCUUCUGGCCAGUUCUUGGUUGAAAUUUGAAAUGCAUGGCACCAUUGUGUUGAACGCAGGAAAAGUUGACAUGAUCUGCGAAAAGUUUUCUCUGAAUGGCGAAGAAACGCUUUUCAAUAAGUUGUUUCCUCGUUUCUCGUUCAAAUCCAAGGGCAAUAUAACUUUGUGGCUGUUGGAAAGCACCGGUCCCUCUGAUGAAUACGAUUUCGGGAGCCGUGGAACGAUAACAUUGAUGCCAUCGUCAGCAGGACAUAGCAACACUAUUAUAACGAGUAGCGCAUCAGUAACGCACAACGAAUACCGGUUCAAAUCGGAUGGACAGAUAAUUUUCGGCAAAAAAUUCGCUGCACGAAACAAUACGAACCCGAUCGUUGUACCAAUUGGUACUUGGGUGCCGUUCACGUCGUCUGGUGCCAUCUCAUUCCCAUGA